CCAAUCCAAUAUUUGACACUCCUUUCCUGUUUCUCUAUCUUCUCUUUCUCAAACUUCAAGCAAGCCCAAAUGGCCUCCACUCCAAUUCUCUCUCCCACUCCCACAACCACCUCUUUAGUCCACCACCACCACCACCACCACCAAUCUUUGCACCUCUCCUCCAAACUACCCUUUCCCACCAGACCCACUAGUUGCAAUAACAAGAGACCACUCACCAGACUCCACGUGUCCACCCCAACCAACAAACCGAACACCACCACCACCACCACAACCUCCAAGAAACCCACGACGGAGACCAUCUUCUUCGACGGCGGAGCCCACUACGGCGACCUGUUGGCCAACCUUAUUCUGGGCUUCACUCUUCUCUGGCUGCCGUUAACUCUGGCCGCCGUUUUCAGGGCCUUUUUUUUGAGGUACAGGUUCACCAACCUGCGGGUGACGGUAAUCUCGGGACUGACAGGUCAGGAUAGGAGCGAUUUCUCGUACAAAGUGAUCAAAGAUGUUCAGGUGGUGCCGCGUUUUAUCGGUGAGUGGGGUGAUAUUAUCAUCACUCUGAGAGAUGGUACGAAAGUGGACCUGAGGAGUGUGCCUAAGUUCAGAGAGAUUGCCAAGUAUUGCCUCUCGUUGGCUGAUAAGCCUGCCGUUUUGAAGGAAAAAGGAUCUAAAGGCUUUUAAUUUCAUGCAACAAAACAAUCAAUGUUUUAUUAUUUUUCUCUUUGUAUAAGAAAUUAAGAAUUCAGUUGAAGGAUGCAAAAUCAUUUUUUGUACAUAAUUCAUUCAUUCUUGCACUUUUUUUUU